UUGUUUUGUAACCCCAAUAUUGAUAUUUUGUAAAUAAAAAAUAUGACCUCAAUUAAUCAUGUAAAUUCCCUGCACUUGUCAUAGAUAUCUACAUGAUGUCCAAAAAAAAUAUCCAGUCCAAGGUUCUAAUGUUGAAUGCCAUAUUGAUGUCCAGCUUAAAUCAUGGUUGGACCUCCAAAUUGUGGAAAAAGUUAAAAAGCAGUACAGACCUCCAGAAUUGGUCAUGGACCAACAGACCCAAUAAAGACAUGAUCUCUCUAACAGCAGUGAUCCAAACACAGCAGACUGUGCUGGCAGCAGUGGGAGAAGAUGCUGAAUUCAGCUGUCAGCUCUUGCAGACUAAAGACGUCCUUCAGGUCACAUGGCAGAAAAUCUCACAUGAUGUGGAGACAAAUGUUGCCAUGUACAACAAGCAGUUUGGUCAGAGAAUGAAUGAUGGCUUUACAGAUAAAUUCAAGUUUAAAUAUCAUGGACUACAGAACUGUUCCAUAGUCAUCAGGAAUGUGACGGAGCAGGAUGAAGGCUGCUAUCACUGUCUGUUUAACACUUAUCCCGAAGGCUCCUUCACUGGUAAAACCUGCCUCCAAGUCUAUGAGCUGCAUGAACCUGUUGUUGAUGUCAGAGAGUCAAACUCUACUGAAGAGUGGGUUGUUUCCUGUUCAGCCACUGGUCGACCGGCUCCCACUGUAACACUCAGUGUCUCACAACAAGACCUCAACUUCUCACAGUACAACACUGUCAGUGUGUCCAACACCAACGCUACAUUCACUGUCACCACUACAGCUGUGCUCUCAGGUUCACGUAAACACAGCACACAGGUGGGAUGUGCAGCACGAGUGCUCUCUGCUCCUCACAGAGAGGUGAUGGUGACGAUUCCUGAGGUCCAAAAAACAUCUGUUGGUGGUUUUUCCUCAAUCACUGUAAUAGCUGUAGUAGUGCUGGUGUUGGGGUUCGUCUUUUUCAGUUGCUCCACUUUGCUGCUUGAAGAAAAGUUACCUUUUCACUUUCUACUUAAUGGAACCCAAUAAGGAUUGAAAUACUUCAAAAGUCAACCAAUGACAUUGAUGUGUAAGACU